GAUGACAUUAGUAAGAAAACCGAGCCGUCAAAAUCUCCAAACAGAAACAAGUCGCUUUACUUAAUACGUUGUAACUGUUUAGGUUUAAAUUAAAUUAUGUAAAAAUGAGAUCUCUUAGUAUAUCUGUGUUAAGUUUAACUUUGACUUUUAUAGUUAUUGCAAAUGCAUACUAUCAAAAGAAGCAAUUCUAUCCAUCUGUUGUAUAUAUUACAAAAUCUAAUCCAAGUAUGGCUGUCAUUUAUAUACAAGCUUUUAUAUGUGUGUGGAUAAGUGGAAAGAUCAUGAGAAAAAUAUUCUUUGGUCAGUUACGUAGUACAGAAUUCGAGCAUUUAAUGGAAAGGUCUUGGUACGCUGUAACAGAAACAUGUUUAGCUUUUACAGUGUUUAGAGAUGACUUUAAUCCUAAAUUUGUUGCAUUAUUUACCCUGCUACUUUUCCUCAAAUCAUUUCAUUGGCUAGCCGAAGACAGAGUGGAUUAUAUGGAGAGGAGUCCAGUGAUAAGUUGGUUAUUCCAUAUAAGAGUCCUCUGUUUAUUAUUACUGCUAGGAUCCAUGGAUUUGCAUUUUAUCCAACAUGCUUAUCAGUCAACAUUAUCAAAAGGGGCCUCUGUUCAGUUGGUGUUUGGAUUUGAAUAUGCAAUCCUAUUGACAGUCGUUAUUAACAUCGCUAUAAAAUAUGCAUUGCACUCUGUAGAUCUUAAUAGCGAAACGCCUUGGGAUAAUAAAGCUGUGUUUCUAUUGUAUACCGAAUUAGUAAUGGGCUUGAUCAAAGUGAUAUUUUACGUUGCUUUUGUUGCAAUCAUGGUCAGAAUUUACACUUUACCGCUCUUUGCGUUCAGGCCCAUGUACUAUACGAUAAGGAACUUCAAGAAAGCCUUCAGCGACGUAAUAUUAUCGAGAAGAGCUAUUCACAAUAUGAACACUCUGUACCCCGACGCGACCCCAGAAGAAUUAUUGGCGGCCGAUAACGUUUGCAUCAUAUGUCGCGAAGAAAUGACGUCCGCUUCCAAAAAGUUACCCUGCAACCAUAUUUUCCACACUUCUUGUCUACGCUCGUGGUUCCAAAGGCAGCAAACGUGUCCCACCUGUCGACUCAAUAUCCUGCGAACCUCCACGAAUAAUAAUAACAAUGCUCGGCCGGCUCCAGAACAGAGACCCGCCCCUCCGAAUCCGCAGAAUGCUUUUGUGAAUCCGUUCGUCAUCGGCCCGAAUCCGUUUGAGUUGUUCAAUCAACCCAACUUGAGGAAUCUUCCGCAAAUGCCGGAGAUGCCUAAUCAGCAGCAACCCGCUGCAAACGCAGCAAGUUCUAGCACUACUACGCCACAGACCCAGUCAAAUAUGCCACCUUUACUUUUUCCCCAUUUUCCGUUUAUACCNAAUAAUGCUUCCAAACUGAUUUCAUUUUUUUUGUUUGUAUUGCUUGAUGCGGCAGUGAUAAUGAUGCAACAGUAUAAUACAACGGCUACACUUUCUGCACGUGUGCCUCAAGGUGUUCCGCCUCAAGCACCCGAAACUAAUCAGCCUCAAACGAAUAAUGCGACAAGCGCCAGUAAUCACAAUUCCAAAACUGUUUCAACUGAUCUGCCUGCUUCUUUAUAUGAAUCCCCAAAAGAGACGAAAAAUUCCUCAGUCGCAACUACAAGCGACGGCGAUUCUAAAAGUUCAACGGUAGAUCCCUCAUCUAAGCCAUGUACUUCAUCUGAACCGAGCGUGGACACAAACGAAGUUACUCCAGAAGAGGAAGUGAGGAGACGUAGAUUACAAAGAUUUCAGUUACAAAACGAGCAUUAAAAAAUUAUAUAUUUCCAAUAUUUAAAGAUAGAAAUACGGCAUUGAUUUAAAACAGCAUAAAGACUCUCUGUGAAAACUUAUUCCACUGUUUUGUUUUAUUAAACAUAUAAAUUUA